GGACGGGCCGCGGCAGCGGGGGUGGUUCCCGGUGGACGCUGAGUUCCGGGCGCGCGGAGACCGUUGGGGCUUUGUGGUGUGUGGGGGGUUAAAACUCACAUGGCUGCAGCCAGUGUGACUCCCCCUGGCUCCCUAGACCUGCUGCAGCCUGGCUUCUCCAAGACCCUCCUGGGGACCAAGUUAGAAGCCAAGUACCUGUGUUCAGCGUGCAGAAACAUCCUGCGGAGGCCCUUCCAGGCCCAGUGUGGUCACCGCUAUUGCUCCUUCUGCCUGAACAACAUCCUCAGCUCUGGGCCUCAGAAUUGUGCUGCCUGUGUCCACGAAGGCCUGUAUGAAGAAGGCAUUUCUAUUUUAGAGAGCAGCUCGGCCUUUCCAGAUAAUGCUGCCCGCAGGGAGGUGGAGAGUCUGCCAGCUGUCUGUCCCAAUGAUGGAUGCACCUGGAAGGGAACCUUGAAAGAAUAUGAGAGCUGCCAUGAAGGACUAUGCCCAUUCCUACUUACCGAGUGUCCUGCAUGUAAAGGCCUGAUCCGCCUCAGCGAGAAGGAGCAUCACACUGAGCAGGAAUGCCCCAAAAGGAGCCUAAGCUGCCAGCACUGCAGGGCACCCUAUAGCCGUGAAGACCUGGAGGUGCACUAUGAGGUCUGCCCUAAGUUCCCCUUAACCUGUGAUGGCUGUGGCAAGAAGAAGAUCUCUCGGGAGAAGUUUCAGGACCAUGUUAGAGCAUGCAGCAAGUGUCGGGUUCCCUGCAGAUUCCACACCGUGGGCUGUCCUGAAAUGGUGGAGACUGAAGAGCUGCAGGAUCACGAGGUGCAGAGGCUGCGGGAACACCUAGCCCUGUUGCUGAACUCAUUCCUGGAGUCCCCAGCCUCACAGGGAAGCCAAAGCCAAGUGGGGCCGGAGCUGCUGCAGCGGUGCCACACUUUGGAACAGAAGACGGCCACUUUUGAGAACAUUGUCUGCGUCCUGAACCGGGAGGUAGAGAGGGUGGCAGUGACUGCAGAGGCGUGUAGCCGGCAGCACCGGCUAGACCAGGACAAAAUAGAGGCCCUGAGUAACAAGGUGCAGCAACUAGAGAGGAGCAUUGGUCUUAAGGACCUGGCCAUGGCCGACCUGGAGCAGAAGGUCUCAGAGUUGGAAGCAUCCACCUAUGAUGGAGUCUUCAUCUGGAAGAUCUCAGACUUUGCCAGAAAGCGCCAGGAAGCUGUAGCUGGCCGUACACCCGCCAUCUUCUCCCCAGCCUUCUACACAAGCAGAUAUGGCUACAAGAUGUGUCUGCGCGUCUACCUGAAUGGCGAUGGCACUGGACGGGGAACUCACCUGUCUCUCUUCUUCGUGGUGAUGAAAGGUCCCAAUGAUGCCCUCCUGCGGUGGCCUUUUAACCAAAAGGUAACAUUGAUGUUGCUGGACCAGAACAAUCGGGAACACGUCAUCGACGCAUUCAGGCCUGAUGUUACCUCAUCCUCCUUCCAGAGGCCUGUCAGUGACAUGAAUAUUGCCAGUGGCUGCCCCCUCUUCUGUCCUGUGUCCAAGAUGGAGGCCAAGAAUUCCUAUGUGCGGGAUGAUGCUAUCUUCAUCAAAGCUAUUGUGGACCUAACAGGACUCUAGCCACCCCUACUAUAGCAGCUCAGUGAGGAGCUGCCACACUGGGCCAGGGCCCUGCCACACAUGGGUGGGCAGGCUUGGUGCAAGUGCUGGGAAGGGCCUCAGCCUAAAGCCAGUCACCAUCACACGGAAAGGCAGGAAGGAGCCUCCAGUUGGUCCUCAACUGGUAGACUGAGUAGACAGUCCAUUCAGCUCAGGGUCCUUGUGGGACCAGCUGGUGGGGUAUUCUCGGCUUUCCAGUAGAAAAGCUCUUGCUUUUCUUUCUGGGAAAGGGAGAGGCCCUUGGGUGGGGUACUCAGAAAGAGCCUCUCUUGAGAGCUUCAGAGCUACACCAGCGGCAAGAGUGGUAGUUGACCUUACCCACUCUGGCUUGUGGAAAGGAGGUAGGAGCUGCAGAGGAGAAGGGCGUCCACCCACAAAGCAUAGCCCAGGAAAGAAGCCCUCUGAGACGUAGGCACACUGGAGAGGAGCCUGCCUGGGCUGCACAGCCCUGCCAGGUGGCCUGUACUGGGGAGAAGUGAUUAAACUAUUCGACGUCUGUGA